AUGAUACUUGCCCAUCACUAAUUUGUUUACCGCACGUGUUGAUAUAUUUGAUUUAAUUUAAAUUGCAAAAUUUAAAAUGGAUAGCGACGGAGAUGACUAUGAUAUCACUGGAUCCGAGCAGGAAUAUGAUGAUGAGGAGCGGGAAAUACUAGAGGAUUUGCGCAAAGACCGUAAGCAACGUAACAAACAGGAUCCCAAGCAAGAGGUUCUUGCCUUCAGUGAGGAUGAAGAAGAUGACGAUGAUGUAGGCGAUCUGAUGCGGGACAGUGACAUUGAGGGGGCCGAGGACGAUGAUGGCGACUUGCCGGACACCAUGGACUGGGGCAGUAAACGCAGCACCUACUACAAUACUGAUUUUGUGGAUCCAGACUAUAAUAGCUACAAUGUUCAGGAGGAAGAGCUGGCCAAGGCUGAGGAAGAGGAGGCCAAAAAGAUACAAUUACGCUUAGCCAAGCAGAUGAGCGAGGCUGAUUUUCAACUGGAUGAUGUGCCCGUGCCUAGCAGCAAAUACAGCAAAGACGAAGACGACGAUGAUGAGAAUAUUGAUGAUUUAGGCAUUAGAAUCACCACCGAUCUAACUGGACUAAAUGAGCGUGAGCGGCUACAACUACUUCAAAAAGAUUCACCUGAGUUUGUGGGCCUUACCCACGACUUUCAGCAGCAUAUUGUCGAAGUGCAGGAGCUAAUCACACCUGUGCUCAAUUAUGUACGCAAUCAUAAUGUUCCCAUGGUGCCGGCUCUUCAGUUUGCCAGCCUUUAUCAUAAUGUCCUCGUUACCUACUGUUCGAAUGUGUCUUUCUACCUGCUAUUAAAGGCAAAGCGUGUCAAUGUCAAAUUUCAUCCUGUAGUCAAGCGUUUGGUGCAGUUAAAGCAGCUUCGUGAGCAGCUUAAUCCACGUUACGAGGAGUAUAUACGACCCCAGUUGGAAGCCCUGCUGGAACGCAUUCAGGACGGCGAUGCUUUUACAGUGUUAAAUGUUGCCGAGCGAAAGGCAAAACUACAAAUACUGAAUAAAUAUGAAACUGAAGUGCUGCAGGAUAACCAAAAGACCGAAAAGCAUCUUACAGACGAAGACGACAACCAAGAUGAUGAUGAUGAUGAUGAAGAAGACGAGGAUAAUGCAGAGAGUGAUGCACGACGAGGUAUCACAUACCAAAUUGCUAAAAAUAAGGGCCUCACACCACAUCGCAAGCGGGAGCUACGCAAUCCUCGUGUCAAACAUCGCGGCAAAUAUCGGAAGGCUCUUGUUCGGCGUAAGGGUGCCGUUCGUGCUGUACGCAAGGAGGUGCAGCGUUACGGUGGCGAAAUCUCUGGUAUCAAAUCAACUGUUACCAAGAGUGUUAAGUUCCGAACAUAGUACUAAGGAAAUUUUAAUAAAGCAAGUUGAGUUUAUCUAUUGUAA